AUGUAUUCAUAUGAGCAAAUAGCUGUACCCAUGUACCCUAUUUUACACCUACCACCUAAGUUACCAAUUAAUUGGCUGGACAAGAGGAUGGCGGCGCUACGGGACUUGGUAUUAGCGGUGGAGCGCGACCAGCAGCCACUGGAUACCGCCAUGUUGUCUUUCUCUCAAUCUUUAUUGCUCUCUCCAUCUUUUGAUACCGUUUCAAUACCAUCCGAACUUGGUAUAAACAAUGCGUCGUCUCUGCGUCUCCAAUUCUUAGCCGUCCACCCUCAAGGAGAGCUGCUAUUGCGCGUGUGGCCGGAACAACAUGGUGGUAGUAGUCGUUGGGAGAAGCGUGAGAGUUUUGCAACGUUUUUACACGUAGUGACGCACCUGUUGCAAGCACAAGAUCAAUUAAAUUCCGUCCAAGCUGAAGCUUUUGCGCUACGCGUCGUUCGUGAAAAGACGUCACAUUUAGAAAAGAUGCUGAGCUGGAGUGACAAGCCGUUGGUUGAGUUUCGAGCGCUAGAAUUAUUGACGACAGUGGUGAAGGUCAGUGCUGUGGCAGCGCGAGAGUUCGUACGACUCUUUAACUUUCAAUGCCCGGCAUUUGUCAAGCUAGCCACGAGAAGGUGGAAGAAGCUAGAGCCAGUAAACGGCAAGGUGAAGCAUGCAUCGUUUCAGCUAAGAGCAGCGUACGUGGACUUGGUGCUAGCGCUGACGGCGUGUCCGGAUAAGAGUGUACAUCGCUUUGCAAUGAAGGAAGGAGGUGUGACAGCUUCACUGUUUAAAAGCAUGGAUGGAGAUUCAGCUGAGUUGUUGACAACAAUUUUUACAAGACUUGGAGACUUGGUGUUGUAUAGUCAGGAGGUUGACCACAAGAACAAACUAGUUGUGUUUAAUGGUACUUGUGUGCAUCAAUUGUUGGCACUGCUGCAAGUAAAGGACGAAGAAAAGGUGCGAGAAACAGCACUGCAAAUGUUGAAGGCACUUUUCUUUAAAGAUAGUGCGCUGUAUGUGGUACCCCAAAAGCAGGCACUGCGACUUUUUUUGGCAAAGUCGGCGAGCUCACAAAGUAAUGAGGACGCGGUCUCGUCGGAAGAGGCGUACGCGCUCAAGGUGAUUCGUAAUGCCGUUGCAACGAUUGGUGUAAAAGAACUUUUGCACAGUACACAAGCUGAGACGCUCGUGAUGCAGUUUCUUACCAAGUAUCCAGGCUUCGUUUCGGAGUAUCUUGCGGCGCUGUCGGUGCAGCUUGAGCCGAGAUUAGUCUACCGUUGGUUUUGCGUGACUUCGUUGGUGCAGAAAUUGCUGUCCUGUUCUUUAGAUGCGGCAAUUAUGGGAAUGCCAGCAGAGAUUGAAGAUACGCUUACGUCGUGGUGCUCUGCACAGACCAUAGCGUCAAAGCUUAUUGCUCCAGGCAACUUCCGCAAGGAGCUCUCGCGUAGCAUCCAGCACAGCAACAAACUAGUGAUCUAUUCGUCUCUUGGUGUAAUUGAGGCAAUGCUCAAUCGUUAUGUGCGCUUGGUUCCUUCGUUGAAAUCAUUGGGUCUCGCAUUAGACGUACAAUCGGAGCUACGCUACCUUUUUCCAAGUCCAGAAGCACUAGUCUCGUUGCUGCUUAAGUUAUGCGCCUCGCAAGAGCGAAGCAUUGCGCUUGUUUACGUGCGCGCUCUUACAGUAUUCCGCCUCUAUUUAGAGUGCCUUCCUCAAGCUAUGCGUGAAGUGAAGGUUGAUUUUACAAAGACUUUGACGUGGCGUUAUUUGGACUGUCCCGUUGAUGGUAGUGCUGAAAGUGCCAUGCCGGCACCUACGCAACUUUUGAUCGUUGGCGAAAUGUUGCGUUUUUUACUUGCUGUGGACACUUCACGUUUGCGCUUUCUUUUUACUAGUGGCAGCUCUGGUCAGCGCUCGAAGCUCCGGCAGAUGUUGUUGUUGUACGUUUCAACGCCUUGUCGUGCCGUGCAAGAACUUGCAGGACAGGUGCUUCAGCGGACUUUGCUUACCUCAGACAUCUUUGGGCUAGAAACACAUGGAGAACAGCAUAGUCCUGGUGGACGUGCAAGCAAAGAAGUUACAUUUUGGCUUGAAAGUUUGUGUCAGGGUGGCGGCAAAAUUUGUGCUGAAUUUACUGAACAGCUUGUGCGUGCUGUGCUGGUUGACCCGCUCAUGUUUGUUUCCAUUGGUAGCCGCGUGGUAACAAACGCGUCGUCUUCUUUAAGCCCAAUCACUGUGGCCUUGGUGGGAUUUCUCGACACACGAACAGAUGUCGAUAUGAAACUGGACUUGUCGACAUACCAUGCCGACCCGUGUGUUAUAGCCUUUGCUGUGCGCAUUUUGCUAGCAGUGAUGCAAACCAGCGAGCAUCCGCAGCAACUAGUCGCAUUGAUUGCAAGCAACUGCGAUUUUCCUGACAGGGAUGUGUCUGCGACCAGACUGCGCGUUGACGUGAAAGAUGAAACCUCCAGCGCUGACUCUAACAACAAAAAGCGAAAGCGGUCGAUUGGGUCCGACGAUUGUCGUUGCGAAGAUGAUGCUUAUGCGUGGCUUAAGACGACUUGUAAAAGUUUUGUUUCAGGGAAGUGCAUAGGCAAGAGUGCACCAAAGAAAAUGGUGCGAGCAGCUAGCAGCAGUACGUGGGACCGCCUUAACGACCCCAACGCUUUAACUGCGGCGUUGGUAGCGAUAACGCCAUCGAGCUUUUGUUCUUGCUGGGAACAAAUUGUCAGCAACUGCGCUGACAUAGCACAAUCCUUUGACCCUAUUCUUCAUUAUCUGUCUGGGCGAGGAGACGUGGAUAUUCUCUCUUUAUUGACUCUUUCUGAGACGUCGUCAGCGACGAAAAAAAAAAACUGGACGGCGCAAGCAGCAGACCAUGUUCUUUUCAGCAUUGCGAGCAGAAACUGUGAGGAGCAGGAAUCGGCGAUUGUUGUGGUGAUAAGCAUGGUGAAGAGUAGAGUCAAAGAUCAUCAGCUGGUAGUGACAGAUGCAGUGCGCAUGUGCGAUCAACUUGUGUUCUUUUUCUCGUCAAACAACCUGGGUUUUUCGGACACUGGACACGCACAUCUUUGCGAACUUCUAUUGAACCUGCUGACGAUCGUUAUCGUUUCUAGCGAGAAGUGUCGUGCUUCUAGCGUAGUGACACGACUAUUCUAUAAACUUCGAGCAGCGAUAACCAGUACUUUGAGCUCGGGGUUGAGACGUCAGCUUUCUGCUGUGGAGAUUGUUGCUCUGCAUGUUUGUUCCAGUAUGAAGCCAGACACGGAUUUGACAAAGCUGUGCGACUUCGGUAAUCUCGUUCAACGCACAGGCGUUCCGCUCGUCGCAGUGUUAGCUUCGCGCGUCCCUUCUAGAGCACUUGUCGCUGUGCUUGAUAACCUUCUGCACCAAUCUAGUGUUGUGACUGUUGCCUCUCCAAACAUUGUGCUCGUUGAGCGUGUACUUGAAUUUCUGGGACAUAAUGACGUGAUCGAGCAAUACGCCUCUUUUGCGGACUACAAGCGCACGAAGUUGCUCACACAGAAGCUUUGGCAGCUGCUGAGCAGCCAAAGCGGCAAGUGGUGUCUGCUCCUUUUGACAAAUGGAUUCAGAAUAGUGGGGAAUCUUGGUGGCGUUGAUGCCUCAACAGCAGUGGCAUCGGUUGAAACUUUUCUCCUGCCACUUGUUGUCCGAAGUGCGCACGUCAUAUCAAAUGACAAACAAUGUACUGAAACACUUCGAGCUAUUGUCACAGCAAUUCGAAGCGGAAUCGAGGCUGCAGUGUUUCCAGUUGUCUUUGAGGAGCAGCUAUUGAAUUGGCUGCAACGUGAAAAGGAUGAGCGAGUAAAGUGUGUCUUGGUGGGAGCUAUUUACGAUGUCUUUGCGCGUGUUAGGAAUCACGCGCUGCAUCACGUUUCCAAGGAGUUGAUCCCAAUUUGUCUUCAUCGUAUGCUGUUAGAUUUGCAGGAAAGCUAUGCGGCAGAACUUGCCAUGAUGAGACAUUUAUUAAUUGAUAGUUCUUUGAGUGUGUACGCGAACAGAUUGGAUGCAUCUGUCCAAGCAUUUGUGGAAAAGUUUGAGAGUUGUGUACAUGAUGAGACUUUGUCGUCUGGUCAGCUGCUUGCUCUUUUACUACUAUCGCGCAACAGUGGGUUUCACGAAAGCAUGGAUGCCAGCUUGCUGGUAAUCCUUAUGAAGAGUGGCAUGUGCGCUUUGAAGGCAGCACAAAACAACAUGGACAAGCAUUUCCUAAGCGAACGUACAAAAUGGCUUCACAAAUCUGAAGCGACUAUACUUUUGGUGGAGAGUACUGUUGAAUGUUUCAAACAUCAAGGACAAGAGAAGCAGACAUCAGUUUUGAAAAUGCUGCUUCCACUUGUUGCUGUGAUGCGUGAAGGUGCUCGAGUGAGUACUGACGAGGUUACAUUCAAGGAAUUUGUACUCUUGACAGCAGCCCUGCUACGUCUAGUGGGGCACGAUGUGUAUGCAAUCGACUACGACUUUGUAGCUCACUUCGUUGCGGUCGUGCAACACCCCUGCUUUGUGCGGAGCCUGCAAAAUGCGGACAAUGUAGGGCUACAGCUUUUGCUUGCUCGGGUAGUUGCGCGACUUGCACGCAUCACAGGAAACUAUACGCGUUCUCUAUUGCAGACAUUGCUGAGUUCCUACUCAAUGUCGCUUUCUCCUUUCGAUCGCAGCUUGCGGGUGUUGUUUGAAGAAUUCGAAGCUCGAGAGGAAGAUGGUCUUACGUUAGUAAGUAUGGGCUUCCGCUUUGGUGCAUCCUCUACGAUUCCACCAUCAGCAGCUAUGUUGGCGUCAUCGAAAAGCUCUCACAACGACUUAGUUGACGAUUCAGCAUGGGUCCUCGGAGGAGGCCUUGAACAGGAUCGGGUUCGUGCCACUAUUGACCGCUUCCCUCUUUGGCGUGAGGUUUCCACUCUUUGCGACGCAUAUCUUUUGGAUCUCGAUGAAGAGCUCCAUAUUGACGAUUCUAGUAUCAAAGCCGAGCAUUUCCCGCUCAUUGACGGUAAGGAGCCCGUUGAAGGCUAUGACCCAGCAUUCAUCUUGCCGAUGCUGUCACAUUUUAUUUCCUCAUCAGACUUUCACGAUGGCGCCAUUGUGCAGCAAGGUUUGUUGGGCGUAGCUAUUCGGGCUACGUCUUCUGAUGUCAAAAUUAUUCGCGAACAUGCCUUUGGUAUCCUUGCACACGUGCACGAAUCUUUGCAAGCUACAACGGAGACUACAAGCGGUUUCAAGGCAGGGCGUCAAGUGCAUCUUUUGUUAGAUGUAUUCCGCCGUGGUGUCGAAAAGUCCCUCCAGCAAGUCCCAUCCGUGGUCACUGUCUUCCUCAACGACGCGCUUGCUGUCUUAACACGUCCAACGCACGUGUUGUACCCGCAAGUCAACCACUUCCUGCUGGCGCGCCCCGCGAUGGAUCUAGCUGAUGUUCCAAUGUUCUAUUCGUUAUUUAACAGCCGAGCACCUUUAACGUUCCGCCAAGAGCGAUCAUGGCUCCUUCACGCGCUUCGUCGCGGAAUCUGCAACGAUGAUGACGUGGUGCUGCUUGUGCGCCGCCACGUACUUCCGAUGCUGUUAAGUUUCUUCACUUCUGAACUAGCCGAUACUCACACACAGCCAUUGAUCGUGAAGAUUCUUCUUGCAGCACUACGUACGCCGUCAGGUGGCGUUUAUCUGGUGACAAAGGCAGGACUAGUGGAAUGGUUGGCAGUACAGUUCUUGAAACAUGGAGCUGCGUCUUUAUCUACAAAAUCGCACAAUGUCAAGUUGUUGGGAUCCAUACGGACGGCUUCAUCGGCAAUAUUACUUCCGCUUAUGAAUGUUCUGGAGCAAGCAUUACAUGAUCGAAUAUGGGGUAUCUUGGAUGCUACUCAGCAACACGCAGCGGCUCUGCAAGCAGUAAAUGCUUUCGCAUCCCUGCACGCAGCUCUUGCAGCGUGUCGUGCGGAAUCAAAAAACGACCACCCGCUUACAAGUAAAGUUGCUGUCAUUGCGGAAUGGGUUGUUCGUCGCGCUGGGUCCGUGUGCUCCUUGAAGUUGUUGCACAAGGCUAUUGAAGUGGUCCAGCAAUCUGCCAUGUUUGAAAAUGUGAGUAUUAAUUUGGCCGAGAUGGUAGCCAGCAAUCUUGCUCAAUGGCUGCUGCAGCGACGUCACUACCAAGCACAAAAGCAAUACUUUCACGACUGGGCUGUUCUACUGCGUCAGGUAGCAUCACUACUUGUUUCCUACGACAAUCACACAGGUUUGGCGAAACAGCAGCGAAUGAGGCAUGCUCUUGAGCAAAUGAAGUCUAGUUUGGACCAACUCCCAACACUAAAACUACUUGUAAUAUCUUCUACUGCGAACAACCCAAAUGCUGCUGCUCACGCAUUGCUCUAG